AUGUAUACGUCCCCCAAUGCAUACACCUGCAUCCUGUGUAGUCCUCACUUGCUGAGGCUGUGUGUGGGUUGGAAAUGCGCUCCUGGAUUGUGGGCAGAAAAGAGCGGAAGAAAGUCGGAUCAUAUCCCAUACUUUGUCCAGUCGGCUAUUGAUUCGGGAGGUGUCAUGGGCCUGGAGAAUAUAUUUAGACUCAGUGAUAACUACACCCACCCGUCCACGGCUGAUGGUGGACGUAACUUCAAUGGAUAUUGCGGACGAGUGACGCACAACAAUAGUAACCGAGAAAAGCUGGAAGCUCUAUGGUAA